ACGUCGGGACGAGAGGAGACAGUCGACACGCGACUCCAUUUAAAUACGGAGAAAACAUGCGAAUAAUGCCAGUUUGUUUACAAAAGCCACGCCGCCAUGUUACGAGUGUUGCGGCGAAAGUAAGCCCCGGAGGCAGAGGUCGGAAUGCGGGUCAAGUCAGUGCCAAACAAGAUGGCGUCGCGACUAGUGAAGUGGACAGUUAUCGUCCAGUGCUUGUGCGUGGUGGCUAGCCAAAUAUAUAUCGAUAACGGCAUCGAUCAGACCGUCGUUUUUAGGCAGUUGCGGGUUAAAGAAGAAGACGAAAUGCAACAGGAGCUGUUACAUUUACUAGGACUGGAUCAUCCUCCCCAACCCAAAGAUCACACGAUACAAAGAUCUGCGCCUCAGUAUCUACUCGAUCUGUACAGAACGUUUGUCGAUUUCGAAACGGGUGACAUCAAGAUGGACCCGAACAAUUCUACUCUGGGACGCGACAGCAUACGUGCCAUUAACAUGUCGGACGUCAUCAUGAGUUUCGUUAAUAGAAUCGAUCACCACGCUCCUCAUCUACGACACGAUCGAGAUCGCAGGUUUUGGUUCGACGUGACCGACGUUAAAGCCGACGAAGAAAUCAUGGCUGCAGAAUUUAGAUUAUACAGAGAUUUAACAUCUUCCGAAUUACCAUUAAAUAGUACUUACACGUUAACGUUAUAUCUGCUGACAGACGAGCCAGAAAAUAAAGGCUUAAAAUAUAUCGAAACAAUUACAGUGCAGGCGAAUCAGGAAGGAUGGAUGAGUUUUAAUGUGACCGAAGCUAUCGUCACGUGGAUCGCAUUUCCGGCCAAAAAUCUAGGACUUUAUUUGCAGAUACGGAUGGAAGGAUUGUCUAGAAAUGUCGAUCCGGGAGAAAUUGGAAUCGUCGGCAGAAAAGGAGCCAACGAAAGGCAACCGUUUAUGGUGGCAUUUCUUCAGUCGCCCAGAGAUUUGCACGUUCGUCACACGAGGUCUACUUCGAAGAAGAAAGCUAAUUUCGACCGAACUUCUUACGAUUACGAUAAAAACUGGUUAACCAUAAAGAACAGACGAGAUAUUAUCAAAAAAAGUUGUCAACGCUUAGCAUUUUAUGUUAGUUUCCAACAGCUGAAGUGGCAGGAAUGGAUUAUAGCGCCAGACGGAUACGCCGCCUUUUAUUGCUACGGAGAAUGCUCCUUUCCUCUCAAUGCUCACAUGAAUGCUACCAAUCACGCCAUAGUGCAGACUCUAGUGCAUUUGAUGGAUCCCAACGACGUUCCUAAGCCUUCUUGUGCUCCGACUCACUUAUCGGCCGUCCAAGUCUUGUAUUUUGACGAUAAUUCCAACGUUGUCCUCAAAAAAUAUCGAAAUAUGGUGGUGCAAUCUUGUGGAUGUCACUGAAUAUCAAAUAUUUAAUGAAUUUUUUGCCAACUUCAGAACAUGCAUUUGAUAUUUUUAAUGUCGUGAAUGAUA